AUGGACGGGCCGGCCAUGCCACCAAGGAGUCCACUGUUAUCAGCUGUCACCUCUAAGAUCAAGCCAGCGAACAGCCUGGUGGCCCGUGUGUGGCUGAAGAUACCCAGGUGGGCCCAAGGUGCUCAUUCAAACAAGAGGGAGUUGCAGCCCAUGGCAGAGAGUGGGAAGGGGACGAAGGAGGAGGGCCCUGCGGUGGGGGAAAGGCAACACGGUCAGAAUGAGCCCCCCGACGGCCCUGGGAGCGCACAGAGCGGAUUCAGGCCCCUCAGGGUCAUUGCAGGCCUCUCUCCCUUGGUGCCCAGGCCUGGGCCUCUGAAGAGACAUCUCCCCUCCACCUCCGAAGAAAAUGCCAUCAAGACCUUGAGAACCCCCUUUGUGAGCUCGUGCUGGAAAAGAAACCCGAUCACCAGUUCCUACAGCUCCACCCGAGGGUUCCCAGAGGUGCAGAAGAGGAGGGGUGCACACGCAUCUCAGUCACAGAGGCCCCAGGAGUCCGCACCCCAACGGAGCACUGAGGACCAUCGCUCUAGCUCUUUGGGUCCAGACACAAAGGAGGAGAAGAUCCACUGUGAAAACAUCCCCAGUGUAGCUCCACAGCGGGAGGGAAACUCACGGAAAAGGUCGCCCCCAUCUGCCAGUUGUAGGCCCCGGAAGCGUCUGUUUCCUCUGCUGAGACCCAAGAAAGGGGACCCGCUGGUGCUGCCUCCAGGCCCCGAGCCAGGUUACCCAGUCACCGCUGAAGACCUGGAUCGGGAGAAGAGAGCAGCGUUCAGGUUCAUCAACCUC